GGUGCGGGUUUUACAAAAAGAGAAAAAAGGGAAAGGACUGAGGCGAAGGAGAUUAAUCCUACAGCGAGGACCGGCGAGCGCUGCUCAGCGAGCCAAUACGUAAACAAGUAUAGUAUACCACACACGUUCUAUCAGAUGCUUCAUUUGGUCACUGCUACUUGCUGCGUGCCUGCCUCAUAAAGAUCAUUAGGAGGACCAAUUAUGCACAUUGCGCGCGCACGCGGCUAGCCAUCGUCCUGAUGGAGAGGGCCUCGCUCCACGAGGCCCUGGCACCGUGCGGUACGCUCGCGACGGUCGCGCCGCGGACCGGCCCCGACGGCCGCGCGGAGACGUUCGCGGCCGCGUUGGAACGCGUCGCGGCGGCGGCGGCGGCCGUCGGGGCGCGCGUCGGGUCGUGGGACGUCGAGGUCGCGUUUCACCUCCUCCCGGACAGCGCCGCCUUCCGCGAGGUGUACGCCGUCCGGUUGGAGAAGGGCGGUGGCACGACGUUCUGCGGCCGGACCGGCGCGGCGGCGGGCGCGCGCGUCGUGGCGUGCGGCGCGACGACGGCCGCGGCCGUCGUCGGCGCCGCUGGCGUCGACGCGCCGCGCGCCGCGGCGGUUUUUUCUGGGUCCGUUUUCGCGUGCGGCGACUUCUGCGCGCGCGUCGGGCUUUUGUAUCGGAACGGCGCGGCACGUUCGCUCGUCGUCGCGGUCCGGUUCGCGCCUCUUUCGCGCGGCGGCGGAGCCGCGGAGCGGAACUUCCUCGAAGCGUGCCUAGGACUCGACCCCGCGGGCAUCAGGAUCCACGCGCCGUUGGCGUCUGCCGAAGUCGGUGGCGGCGGCGACGACGACCGGCCCCACAUCCGCUCCGUCCUCUGCCUCGUCCGUUGUUUUCGGGCCGUGUGCUACGGAGCUUCCUAGGCGCUCGCGUUGCCUUGCUUGUAGCACAGGGAGGGGCUUGAAGAAGGCUAUGCCAUUCACGAGCUUGAGCGCGGCGACUGGGUGGGGGCGUACUGAGUCCAGCCUCAGCUCUGACCCGCCUGAAGUCCGGCGACCGAAACCAAAACUUACCUAGCUGAGUGCUCAAGAGAAGAAAGUAAGAUACUAGUAGAUU